AUGAUUUGCAGGGGGAAAGCCGGAACGGCAGCACCCCACCAAGACACAGACCCUUCAUCAACAGGGCCCCUUAUUUCAACCGACUGGCCGACGACGAGAGAAUGUUACAGGGGACCAAUACCAACAACACCUUCGAUCACCUCUCGACGGCCAUCAACGGAGGCAGGACACAAACUUCCCAGAAAUCACACCAUCAUCAUCACCAUUCAUCGCUUCGGCGAGAUUUAUGCUACGGAUGGCAUAUCUCAAGUAGUAAGGGAGGGGCAGAUCCAGGAUAAUCAACAACAGGGGAUUGAUGAAGAUGAUACGAUGGGACAUACAAUGAGAAGCAAUGUGGCUCACGUAUGCGAUGGAUCUACAGGCAGCCUGCAACGGAUCGAAAGUCACAACAUAACAGAACUCAAGAAGGAUGGAACACCCUCGCAGUUCGAGAUCCUGCAAGGCACAGGAAAAACAACUACCGGUCAAUGUCUUUAUGAAUCUGCAGACCAACGAACGGGUCCAGCAGACCGACCACCUCCUAAUGGUCGUGGCCACUCAUUCCGACUUAACCAUCGAAAGAAGACUUACGAAACUCUUCAUAACAAGAUCCGAACAGAUCAGGGAUCUGCUGGAUCAACCAGAAGAACCAUUCGUGACGGAAUAUUCGUGACACAUGACGAACUAUGA